GCCUAAGGGUGUUUGGCUAACAAGAAUCUGGCAAAGUCGUAAACAAUAUUCCAUGUUUUAAAAUCCUGAGUUUUGGCUAAUAAGGUUAUUAUAGAGAUGAUAUGUUAUUUAUUAUUCUCAAUAAUAAUAGUUGAUUUGAUAUGAUGGAUUUUAAAUAUUUUCUUGGUAAGUAAUUUAAAUAUGAAUUAAAUAAAAAAACUAAUUGUAUUAGUUUUUUUCCACCUAAUUUAAUUAGUUAAAAUGGGGACAUUCCUUUCUUAUUUUAAAGUAUUUGUGAAUAGUGAGUUUCGGUCUGACAAAAUUUGAAUUAAACGUCCCAAUUCCUUCUCUAUAUAUUUUGCACGCUUUUUGUCUUUUAUCGAGAACCAGAAACAGAGAGAGCUCCGAGCUACUCAACAAUGGCUAUGUUCCAAAAGCAGAGAGUGAACUUUUCUCUUUCUUCUCUUCACUAGAUUAAACAGCUGGCCUCCGCUCAGAGCUGCUCAACCAUGGCCACGGUACAAAAGAUGAGAGAUAAAUCCUCUCUUUCUUCUCUUCAAGAGAUUAAAAAACUGGAGAGGCCACCAAAGACCGAAGAAAAGCUUUUCCGGAAGAAAUCUUCUGGGUUUAACCAAAUGACUACAUCACAAGGAGUCAAUGAUGCAGAUAAGUUAAGAAGUUUCAAGCGAAAGAGAGCAAGAACUGACUGCUUAAAUGUUUCGUCCGAAGCUCAGUCUUCCGUCUUACAACGAGCAAAAGAGUUUCAAGCAAAUCUAGAACCAGAUGUCCCUAGCCUUGUCAAGACUAUGAGUCGAUCACAUGUUACUGUUGGAUUUUGGCUGGGUCUCCCGAAGCACUUUUGUUAUACGCAUUUGCCUAAGCAUGAUACAACAAUUGUUUUGGAAGAUGAAAGUGGGGAAGAAUUUGAAACAAAAUAUCUAGUUGAAAAGGUGGGACUAAGUGCAGGAUGGAGAGGGUUUUCUAUUUCUCACAAAUUACUGGAGGGAGAUAUAGUAGUUUUCCAUUUGGUCAAGCCUUCAAAAUUUAAGGUAUACAUUGUGAGAUAUAAUGGUUCAGAUGAAGUGAAUGGUGCUCUUGCCCUUUUAAAAUUGGAUGCCUGCCCAAAACAACUGACUUGUGAUGAGGAUACCAAGGCUUGUGAAAAGAUAGAAAUUGAGAAUUUGGAGCCUCUUUCUCACGAAAAUAGUCGAGAGAAUAACUUGAUGGUCUGUGGUACUGAUCUCAGGCCAAUAUCAGAUUUUUUAGAAGAUGACAGUGAUUUCAGCUCAGAAAUUUUGGAUGGAAUUAGAUUAUCAGAAUCUAUUGUUGAUUUUAAACAAGUCAGAAGCAUUGAGGAUUUCAUUGUUCUCGUUAAUGGUUUAGUUAUAAACUCUGAGCUCCCAAAGUUCCUUCUGACCAAGUACCACAAGCUGUGCUGCAGUCAGAAAGCAUUUCUUCAUGACCAUCUCCUCGAGGGUCUUAACUGUAAAUUAGCUGCUGGAAUCAUUUCUGAGACUAUUAACAUUUCCGAUGCCAUUAGAGCCUCCAAGAUUUGCACUUCACAAGAUAAUUUUUCCACUUGGGAAAAAACUUUGAAGGCCUUUGAGGUGUUGGGCAUGAAUGUGGGUUUCCUGCUUGCACGGCUAGAGCAGCUUAUGAAUAUUUCACUUAAAUCAAAGAGGUAUAAAGAAGCUAUAGUUGAACGAGCUCAUGCAGAAGAGGAGAUAAAAGUUAUGGAGACAAAGCUUCUGGAAGCAAAAGAUAAAAUGAAUAGCCUUGAUACCAAGAUUGAGAAUCUAGAUGUAACUGCAGAUAAGCUUGAACUUUUGUUUGUAGAAGUGGCUAAUGCCCCUUGGUAAUGAGGAACGUUUGUGUUGUUGAUUAACAGUCUUCUGUAGACUAUAGUAUAUUCCGGGACCAGAAAUAUGUAAGAGAUGUUUUGUUUUAUAGGUAUAUACCUAUUUUUGUGAAGUUCCUAGUGCAUCUACUGAUAGCUUGGGGAAAAAAAGUGCAUCAAGUGAAACUGAAGAAAUUGAGAGGCUGGUUUUUGUGAAGUUCCCUUUGUAGGAUGGUGUAUUUUCUGUACUUAUGGAUUAUUUAAGAUAGUGAUGAUCACUGAAGAAAUUGAUACAACUGCUAGCAAAGGCCAGAGGAUGGUGUAUUUUCUGUACUUGGGUAUCUGUUGGUUCUCUCUUUUGUAUACCUAUGAUAAAGCUGUUAUUAUUGGACAACUUGACGAGCUA